CGGCAAUCUGGUGCCACUGUGCAGACACUACGCCGACGAUGGCCGAGCGCGAGGACGAGAACGCGUACGAGAAGCUGUCGCGCGAGGUGCACCAGGCGCAGACGACGGGCGCGAUCCACCCCGACUGGCUCGAGAACCCAUGCGGCUUCCUCCUCAAGCCCGACUUCAAGCGCAAGAUGCAGCACAUGGGCGCCGGCGGUAAGAAGCUCCAGACGAGUAUCCGCGGCCUGCGGCUGCAUUUGCCCGGGAGCUCGUACCGCAGCCGGUGGUUCGUCCUCGAUGGCAUGAUGCUGCGCUACUUUCGCUCCAAGAACGAUGAGCAAGAGCUCGGUGCGAUCCACCUCACGAGCGUCAAUGCGGUCUUGCCGUCGAGCAUGGCCGACGCGCCCGACCACGCUCUCGACCUCGUGUGCGCCGACCGCAUCUACACGGUCGCCGCCGCGACGCGCGAAGACAUGGUGCGCUGGGCCACGGUGCUCACGCUCGUGCUGCGCGGCGAGUACCAGCCCAAGCUCAUGCAACGGCGCGAGUCGGCCGUCAUUCGCGGCAGCUCGGUGAUACCGCCGCACAAUGGCCGGGGCAGCGCCGUCAUGCGCCAGGCGUCCCAGGUACUCGCGGCAGCGCCGACCUUCCAGCCGACGCUCACGCCGUUCGACGAAGAGCCCGAGGACAAGGAGCGGGAGAUGGACGCCAAGCUGCGCGCGAUGAGUGUGCGCGAGAAGAUCAUCACUGUCACCUUCGACACCCCGGGCCCACUGCACCUCUUGCUCCAGAGCACGAUGGAGGACACGAUCAUGGUGCGGGGGUUCCAGGAGCCGGCCGAGGGCGGCGUCGGCCUCGCCGAAGCCACGGGCAUCAUCAUGCUGGGCGACAUCCUCGUUGCGAUCCAGGACCAUACGUUCUCGACUUUGCCGUUUACGACCGCGAUCGAAGAGAUCCAGCGCGCGGCCCGACCCCUUACACUCCGCUUCUCCCGCCUCGAAGCCGCGCCGAUCAAGCAAGCGUCGCGCCUCGCGCAGGGCUGGGUGCUCGCCAAAGAGCCCGCGACGAACCGCGUGCGCAUCCGGCUCUUGCAGCUCCAAGGCUCCAAGCUGCAUCUCUUCAAGUCGGGCCUGCACAUUGGUCGGCAAGAUCGACCGGUGCUGACGCUUUCGCUCGACGACGUGACCGACCUCCGUCCGCUCCACGACAAACGGUCGAGUGUCACAUGCGUCCAAGGCUUCCCCAAAACGUUUGGCUUGACGCUCGAGGCCGGCCACUUUAUGUUUACGUGCUACGUCCUGUCGCUCGACGAACUCAAAACGUGGGUCGACGUGCUCAAAAACGCCAUUGUGUUUGAGAAACCGCGCGCGAUCGGGAGCACGAUUCCCGUGCACCCAAUGAUGGUGAUUGAAAAGGCGGCCGACACGACGACGGUCGCGUCGACGCUGCUCGCUAGUGACGCGCUCAAGUGGGGCGAGCUCACGCACGUCUUUGAAGGGCGGCACCUCGUGCUCCGUAGUGGCGGCAAGCUCCAGAUCUUCCUCGAUGCCUCACAGACGGUGCUGCUCGGGACGCUGCGCUGUGACGCGAUCGUCGCGCUCACGCCGUCCGAGCUGGCGCUGGGCGGCGACGAAGCCGCGUACCAGCUCGAGAUUGGCGUCGUGAUUGCCUCCAACAAUGUGCAUUGGCGCCGAACGUACACGCUUCGGUUCGAGUCCAUCCACGUGCUCAUGAAGUGGGCGCGGUACCUGGAGCGGGAAGUGCGCCACAGCGCGGGGCGCGAACUCGACGUCACGCUGCUUGAAACCAGCGUGGAGAGCUUGCUCUUGACGUCGUCCGGGCCGCGCGUCGCCCGGUACGAGCCCCAAGACGAGUACGUGCGCUGGGUCGCGUCGAGCCGCGGCUGCCGCCACUUUGGCCAGCUACGCAUUGAAGGCCCGAUGGCCCAAGGCUGGUUCUACGUCAAGAAGCCCGGUGCAGUCGGUGCAGAUGCCUACCAUCCCCGCUUUGUGGUGCUAAAGGACCAUUACUUGCUCCUGCACAAGUACGAGACAACGAGCGCUGACGUCUUUGCGGGUCGCGUCGACUUGGCCGAGAUCCGCACGGUGCGCGUCGUCAAGGGCGACUCGAUGGAAGCCUUCGACUUUUCGAUUCAGCUCAAAACGUCGUCCAACCUCGUCUUUACGCUCGCAGCUCUGACGCAAGCCCAAAGAGACGCGUGGUUCAUGCUGCUGCUCUGGGCAUCCGACUACUACUUCCAAGAGACGCCGCUGACGUCGCUGCUGCCGCCGCCCAAGCUCGUCUCGUCCACGUCGUCGGCCGAGCACGUGACGAACCGGCUCAGCAUCGAAGUCGUUCAGAACACGGCGCUCGCGACCACGAGUCGGGCGUCGCUGUGGGCCGUUGAAAGCAUUGCGCAGAUCCGCGGCUGGCUCACACUCGCCGACCAGCGCGUCUACGCGGCGAUCCUCAACGGUGUGCUCAGCUACUAUGAAGUGGAGGACGAUCUCGACAACGAGUGGGGUGACGCGCUGGACGCGAUCGAGCUCUCGCGCGUCACGUCCGUCUCGAGUGACGGCGACGCGCGCUUCGCCGUCGAGCUCUCGCUGGGCAAUGGCACGGACGUAACGGUGCACCUCGAGGCCAUGAACGCGGACGAGGCAAAGCUGUUUAGCGCGGCGCCGAAAGAAGGGUAUCUCUGGAAGCUCGACCGGCUCUACCAAGUGCAUCGGAAGCGGUUCUUCUGCCUCCAGAACCACGAGCUCGUGGUCUCGACAGCGCCAAAUGGUCGCGUCCUCAACGUCAUUGCGCUGGACGCGGUCGCGGGCAUCUUCCUCUCCAAGAUUGCAGGCGACAAGGACUACUUCCAGAUGCACUUGCACUGCGUCCACGACGCGGAGCCAGACCCGACGUUGACGGUGACAGCGCUCGUCGAGUCGGACGAGGACAUGGACUCGGCCUCGUUCCAGACGAUCUCCAUGCGCGAGUGGGCGCUCGCCGUGUACCACUGCUGCACGAACGCCAUGAUCAACCAUGCGGGCGCCAACCUGCAGCUGCCAUCGACCAUCGAAACGUUCCCGCAGGCGCUCAUGAAGACGACGGCGUUCCUUGACGCGACCACGGACGAGAGUGACGAGCAGCCGUCGAACGCGGGCUGGCUCUUCUACCGGUCCGGCGUCAACGAGCGCUACCGCCGGCGCUACUUUGUCUUGCGCGGAUUUGAACUCUCGAUCUACAAGCACGACUUGGGCGCCGACGAAAUUGCGAUUCGGUAUGGCGUUGUCGACGUCCGGUCGGUCGUCGACGUGCAGUUUGUGAGCCGCAACUGCCCCGAGAACGCGAUCGAGCUCGCGUUCAGCACGAAAACGCUGACGUUGAUCCCGCCUUCGGACGCGGCCGCGGUGGCGUGGCGCAGCGCCUUUCUUACCGUGAAGCGGUCGGUCGUGACCAACCACGACGCGACAAGCGGCGUCCUCAUCAGCCGCAGCAGCACGUUUGCGCUGCAAAAAGAAAACGAAGAGUUGCUGCGGACGCAGAUUGAGACGCUCGUGAGCUUCGCCGCCAACCUCCUCGCGUACGACGGGUCGAAAUGGGUUGCCAACUACUAUGUGAUGACGGCGGCGCGUCUCCUGGUCUUUUCGCUGGCGGUCCACUUGUACGACGAAGACCCGGACUUGCUCUCGACGUUGGAGACCAAGCACAUUGUGCAAGUGCGGUCGCUGACGAUGGACGAAGAAGCCGAGCGCAGUGGGUCGAACUCGGCUUGCGCGUUUUUGAUCCAGCUCUCGACCGUGCCCGACCCGCUCGUGCUGAAAUGCGAGACCUUUGAUCACUGCUUGCAAUGGAUGCGCAUGCUUUGCCACAGCAACGGCAAGCUCGAGCUGAAGCGCAACGCUGCGACAGGCGUCUGGGGAAGUGUGAACCGGAUCGCGUCCUUGUCGCGCCACAAUAGCUUCUUGGCCGCGGGUCCGCCCCGCUUCUCGGAGGCGUCGUCGGGCCGUCUCUCCCGGCAAGAAGCCAUGCGGAGGCGGACGUCGGAGCUGCUCCAGAGCCGCCAGAGCAUGACGGCCAAGUAA